AUGGCUAAGAAAGACGCUGGACUUCGCUUUCUACGGAAUCUCAAGUCGGGGGUCCCCUUAUAUCUUCGUAUGGAGGAUGAAGGUGGAGCGUGGCGUCGCCCCGGCAUCUUCGAUGAGUCGUACUUCAGCGAAGGCGUUGGGAAACGUAUUGAUGACGAGUUCCAGAAUCACAGUGCUCAGGUCGAAGGGAAAUACGGGAGCUCUAUUGGGAUGGCUAUUAUUGAGGUCACCUACCAAGACAAGGACGGCAAACAUUUGACCCGGCGCCAUGUUGCUGAGAAGCCGGAUGAGCAGAAAGAGAGCGAUAAGAAGUAA